CAGCAUCAGAUAUGUGAGCGGCGGGAAGCAGCUCUGCCUCGCGCUGCAGGAGGACGGCAGGAUGGCGGGAGGACGGCGGGGUCUCGUGGCCCCUCAGAACACGUUCCUGGAGAACAUCGUCCGCCGGUCCAACGAUACCAACUUCGUGCUGGGGAACGCUCAGAUCGUGGACUGGCCCAUCGUCUACAGCAACGACGGCUUCUGCAAACUGUCCGGUUACCAUCGAGCUGAGGUGAUGCAGAAGAGCAGCACCUGCAGCUUCAUGUACGGAGAGCUGACUGACAAGGAGAUGACUGAAAAGGUUCGACAGACCUUUGAGAACUACGAGAUGAACUCCUUUGAGAUUCUGAUGUACAAGAAAAACCGGAUGCCAGUUUGGUUUUUCGUGAAGAUCGCGCCGAUCCGAAACGAGCAGGACAAAGUGGUCCUCUUUCUCUGCACUUUCAGUGACAUCACCGCUUUCAAGCAGCCAAUCGAGGACGACUCUUCAAAAGGUUGGGGUAAAUUCGCCCGUCUGACUCGUGCGUUGACGAGCAGUAGAGGAGUUCUUCAGCAGCUCGCUCCGGCUGUCCAAAAAGGAGAGAACGUCCACAAACACUCACGGCUGGCUGAGGUUCUCCAGCUGGGCUCAGACAUCUUGCCCCAGUACAAACAGGAAACCCCGAAGACGCCGCCGCACAUCAUCCUGCACUACUGCCUCUUCAAGACCACGUGGGACUGGGUCAUCCUCAUCCUCACCUUCUACACCGCCAUCAUGGUGCCCUACAAUGUCUCCUUCAAAACCAAGCAAAACAACGUCACCUGGCUGGUGGUGGACAGCAUCGUGGACGUCAUCUUCCUCGUCGACAUCGUCCUCAACUUCCACACCACCUUCGUCGGCCCGGCCGGGGAGGUCAUCUCUGACCCCAAACUUAUCCGCAUGAACUACGUCAAGACCUGGUUCGUCAUCGACCUGCUGUCCUGCCUGCCUUAUGAUGUCAUCAACGCUUUUGAGAACGUCGACGAGGGGAUCAGCAGUCUCUUCAGCUCUCUCAAAGUGGUCCGCCUGCUGCGUUUGGGUCGGGUCGCCAGGAAGCUGGACCACUACAUCGAGUACGGUGCCGCCGUGCUGGUUUUACUGGUGUGCGUGUUCGGCCUGGCGGCCCACUGGCUGGCCUGCAUCUGGUACAGCAUCGGAGACUACGAGGUGAUCGACGAGGACACCAACAGUGUGAGGAUGGACAGCUGGCUGUUCCUGCUGGGGGAGACGGUGGGGACGCCGUACAGGUUCAACGCCUCGGGCUCUGGCCGCUGGGAGGGCGGGCCUAGCAAAGACUCGGUCUACAUCACCUCGCUGUACUUCACCAUGACCAGUCUGACCAGCAUCGGCUUCGGGAACAUCGCACCAAACACGGACGGAGAGAAGAUCUUCGCCGUGGCCAUGAUGAUGAUCGGAUCGCUGCUGUACGCCACCAUCUUUGGUAACGUCACCACCAUCUUCCAGCAGAUGUACGCCAACACCAACCGCUACCACGAGAUGCUCAACAGCGUGCGAGACUUCCUCAAACUCUACCAGGUCCCCAAAGGCCUGAGUGAGCGGGUGAUGGACUACAUUGUGUCCACCUGGUCCAUGUCCAGAGGCAUUGACACCGACAAGGUUCUGCAGAUUUGUCCGAAGGACAUGCGAGCGGACAUCUGCGUCCACCUCAACAGGAAGGUGUUUAAGGAACACCCGGCGUUCCGACUGGCCAGUGACGGCUGCCUGCGAGCCCUCGCCAUGGAGUUCCAGACCGUCCACAGCGCGCCAGGUGACCUCAUCUUCCAUGCCGGAGAGAGCGUGGACAGCCUCUGCUUCGUGGUGUCGGGGUCACUGGAGGUCAUCCAGGACGACGAGGUGGUGGCCAUUUUAGGUAAAGGCGAUGUGUUUGGUGACGUGUUCUGGAAGGAGAUGACGUUGGCACAGUCGUGCGCUAACGUGCGGGCGUUGACCUACUGCGACCUCCACAUCAUCAAACGAGACGCGCUGCAGAAAGUCCUGGAGUUUUACUCCUCCUUCGCAAAUCACUUCGCCAGAAACUUGGUGCUCACCUACAACCUGAGGAAGAGGAUCGUCUUCAGGAAGAUCAGUGAUGUGAAACGUGAGGAGGAGGAGAUGUUGAAGAGAAAGAACGAGGCUCCUUUAAACCUCCCUCCGGAUCACCCGGUCAGACGGCUCUUCCAGCGUUUUCGGCAGCAGAGGGAGGCAAGGCUCGCCAUGGAGCGGGCCGAACAGGGCGCCCGUGACGUGGAGAAAGGUGUCAUUCGCCUGGAGCCAGCCAGGGGUCCAGAGGUCCUGGCCUCCACCAGUAUAGUCAUGGUGACGGAGAGCCCAGCCACACCCACCACCUCCUCAACAUCCAUCGCGCCCUCUUCAUCCAGGACCUCAAGCCGAGUUAUGCUCCACACUCCCACCACCCAAAACGGAAACCUGGUUGGCUGCAAAUCUGCAGAGCCGCCGAAAGCUAAAGGCUGGGGACGAUUCAAGGAAUCAGUCGUGAAGGCCGAGUCGUGGAGCAGCGUCUCUAAGGCCGAAUCCAUGGAGACGCUGCCCGAUAGAACUAAGUCUCAGGAUGAGAUGUCCCUCAAGAAAACCGACUCCUGUGACAGCGGCAUCACAAAGAGCGACCUCCGGUUGGACAGUGUCGGCGAAGCGAGAACGCCGCAGGAGCAAAGCCCGGUCCAGUCUGACGAGAAGAGGGUCUUCUGUCCAAUUCCAGAGCAGAGCAUGCAAGCCUCCUUCCUGGAGCUGAAACAGGAGUUAAGAGGAGACAUCAGAUCUCUGAACAGUCGCAUGGCGGCGCUUGAGACUCAGCUGGCUGAGAUGCUGCGACUCCUCAAAUCCAGAAAGUCAUCUGGCUCCUUCUUCGAGAUCUCGCGGCCUCCUUCCCCUGACUCCGAUAAGGACAGCUUCUCCUAAACUGGACACAGAGUCGGUCCACAGGAACUCGACCCUUUUGGCCUCCAGAUGUCAGAGAAGACCGUCUGACACAAAAGCACUUUGUUACGUUCAUGGCAACGCUCUGCCCGACGUCACAGACUGACAAGAUGUCAAACGGGAAAGAGGAUGGAGCUGAUUUUUACUUUGAUCAGAGACUUUAGAGUCAUGACAGUCAUGAUGGCACCUUUGGUCCUCAGGAGGAUUUGGACCUUCUCAUGAUUUUGGCAAUAAUAAGAGAUGGCUUUAACGUUGUUUUAAACAGGGCUGUGACACUGUGAUGAAGGACAUUGCGUACUAAGGGUUGUUGAUUCAGUGGCUUUGCCCCAGUCUUGUGAGUUCUGGUCCACAAAGUCUGUUUAGCCGUUCCGAACCUUCAGAUACUCGAUUCAAGAGGACAGAUGAAUCUCAAACCUCUUAAACCGACAAAAUGAUGAUGGCGUCCAUGAUGUCACAGAUUCCACGUAUCAUAGGCUGUUUGUUCUGAUAGCACUGCAUGACAUCAUAUCAAAGCAUCGCUCUGUGAUUGGUUGUUAAGAGCGUCAAUCAAAAGACGGACAUUCAGUGUAAGCAGAAGGCUGCUGAACUUGUUAAAGGACAUUGUGGGCCAGAGUUUUGGUCGAUGGUUCAGUUCACUGGGCGUCAGAAUGUUCCCACCUUCAUGCAGACUAAACACUGUGUGUACAGACUUUGAUGUUUGGGAUGUUCGGUGGUGUUUUUAUAUCCAGAAUGAAUGUGAAAGAUUUGAUGCAGCUCGGUGACAAUGAGGCCCUAAAUGUGUCUGAUGUCUAAUUCCUGCACAGAGCUGGACAUUUGAUUGGUUAGUCUGGAUUCUUAGUUUUUAUAAAUAAAAUCGGUGUAUGCAUGUUUCCAUGUUGAUUCAGCUCUGGUUGGAGGCCGCCAAGUUAACACAUCCCAAUUCAAACAUAAAACGAAUCUUACUGCUUCAGUGUAGAAGAUCACACAUGUUGGAUGGUAAUAAUUCUGAUCUCUGAAUGCGUCUGAAUUCAAGUGGAAUAUGUUUUUACUCAUUGUACGUUCACUCUUUCGUUAAGUUGUUUUUAAAGAGAUGGUUUACAGUUACACAGUUUAUUGCUAAAGCACGAUUACAUCAUGUUUCAUGCAAAUUGGGUGGGCGGGGCUAACAGACCUGGCGGGGAGCCGCUACGAUGUGUAAAGCUCAGCAGCCACUGUUUGCUGUAAAGAGGCAACAGAUGGGAUUCGGGUUUUUUUUAGCUUGGCGCCACCUAGCGUCAGUGGUGUUGCGUCACACUGUCGCAACGACCAAACUGAGCGUGGGGAUCAGAGAUAAUGAAUAAAAUGUAGGCUGUAAAGCCACCAGUAUACCUCUAUGUAUAUGUAGAAUGAGAAGGUGUGUGGACACUCUACUAAAUAAAUGAGUAAAGAGACCGAGCAACAAUUAUCAGAUUUAUCUGAAGAAAAAACAAAUAGUAAUGCAAAUAAUUAUACCAGAAUGCACAGUACCAGUACAAACAACUCACAGUAAAUUAUACCAAUAUGUACAGUAUCAGUACAAACAACAGUAGACACAGUGGAAUUAUACCAAUAUGCACAUGUAAACAGUCCCCAUUCUAGAAUAAACGCUACCGUAUGGAAACCAUGCGGCCGGUUGGAGCUCAAAUUGAAUGGGAAACAAAGUCCAGUGUUCACUUAGCUGGGCGUAACUUAGCUGGGCGAUGUCCGUGGAUAGCUGCCUCCGUGAGAAGAGAACAGAAGGAAGGGAGGGGGGUAUCACUGUCCGAGGGCUGCCGUAGAAUGGCAACCAGGAUGUCAGCCGACCAACACUCGCUACCCGCUCCCUGGUUGCGGCGAUUUGCGAUGCUGGCCAGCUAGGAAUGAACUAGCAGCCAGUACAGUACAGUCCUCUCUGGUCUAGCUAACAUUUAGCCGUGUUACUUACUGAUCCAUUAGAAAGAAAGCUAGCUGGACAUGGGUUUUGAAGCCUCUUUGGUCACGGAGCUCCCUCCAUCUCUUGAACGCCUGACUGAGGUUUACUCUUGUUUUUCCUCUUCUUUUAUCACUCUCCUUUUUGCUCUUCUUUGCCUCCUCACACAGAGGAGCUCCUUUUCUUUUGCUAGGCCGUUUUUCACUUGUCUCCAAACUUUGUCCGUCUGCCAUUGUGCUCGUGACUCAACUAUCUCAUGCCCAACUCCUCAUAAGGACCAGCUCCAGUCCCUGAUUGGCUGACCGACCAGUUUCGCAAUACAUGACACGUUUCCUGCCGUAAAGCAGAUUUUUUUCCACAAAAUUUCGCCCCUGGUGGCAGAAGCUUAUUGCAAAGAUUGCACAGCCACUAAGUAACCUAUGUAAACACUGAUAGUCUGAUUUUACUGUGGACACUACCCUGUGCAACCCACAUUAUUUUCAUCAUGAUAUAUUUAGGAAAAGAUGCUGUCUGUUGCCUCUUUAAAUGAUCUCACUACAAUUCUGACCUACCAGAAAUUCAUCAGUUCAUCCAACAAGCAGAUCGUCCAUUGUUCAAACGUUGUGAACGUUGAAGAACAACUUAUCUGAAAGACAAUUGUCCUGACUCAAAAAUUGUUUGGGGGUGACCAAACCUGGAGCUAAAACUGAAGAAGAAGAAGAAGAAGAAAAGGAAUCCACACAGUAUCUCUUUCUUAAAGUCAAGGAAGGAUCCUUAAACAAUCAUUUUAAGGAUGCUACGCCAUCAAAUCAUUGCCCUGUUCUGAUGUCAAAGGUCUGUCAAAUUUUCUUCAUUCGGAAAAUUUUCAGGGAUGCCUGUUUGUAUCCUCAGCACUCUUAAAGCACCCACAAUCCCAUGUGAAGGAUGCAUGGGUCCUGUUCCCUAACUUGGAAAAUUUGCCAGUGAACUUUCAGCAAAAUCUGCUUCUGAACAAAUUUUAUGGGAGAAAUGGGCAAUCCAGUUGCUGAAUCUUGACUCAUGUUGGAUCUACAGGGCCCGUUUUAAAAGUUUGUUCUGACUUCCAUGAGGCGAGGACACUGACACAUGGUCUUGGCAGUGCUUGUCUUUUAAAAAUAGUGCGAGACGAGAGCAAAGUGACGGCAUCCCCAAUGAUGCUAUAUGCAUUUGAAUGUUUGAAAUUUGUAAAUUUGUUAUCACCAUAAAUGUGUUGGAUCAAAGUAAAGCAAAACGUGUUUAUGCAAGUACAAACUGAGGCUCUGACAGUGCGAUCUCCUCCUGCAGACUGACACCAAUGCUCCAUUUCAACAAGAUAGUUGAAGAGCACAGUUGGCAAUACCACAUACGUUCCCUCCACUUUUUUAAAAUUGUUGCAUGGAGUUGAAGGCAGGACCUUCUCAAUGACGCACACAUGCACAACUGUUUUAUUUUAUGUUCUCUAAAUGCUUGGAAGCAGCCUGACCAAGGCUCUGUAGGACCCAACCUGAAGGGUGCUGUCCUGUCACGGAAGCAUCCUUGACUUUGAGAAGUAUCAUAAGACACCUUGACAAAGCAGUCAAAGCCGCACCG